ACCAAACCACAUCUUCUAACUCUCUCUCUCUCUCUCUCGCUUCUCAGGACCGAGCGAGAGGAGAGAAGGGGCGCCGCCGCCGCCGCCGCCGCCCGCCAUCCGCGCCGCUUCUCCUUCUCCUACAGCAUAUAUAUAUCUCGUCGGCGAACUGAGAUAGGGUAACUGAGAUUAGGGUUUUGGCUCGGAGGGGGAGUGGAGCGGGAGGAGGAGGAGGAGGCGAGGCGAUGAUGAUGGUGGCUUCCAGGCUCCGAUUCCACCAGCUUAGGCUGAUUGGGGUCAGGCCGACCUGCUGCUCUCCGUCCCGGGAUUUCGCGGCGGUGAGAACCCAAAAGCUUCAGCUCGCCAAGAAGAAAAGACGAUUGGAUGAAGUGUGCCUUGAGAGAUUUCAACAGUAUAGCAGGACGUACAUCCAAUCAUGGAUUCUUCAGGGUAAGGUCCUUGUGGAUGGAAGGGUUGUGAAUAAAGCUGGAACACAAGUAUCUGACAAGUCGAUCAUAGAAAUCAAGGCUGAAAUUCCAAAAUAUGUAUGUAGAGCUGGUCAUAAGCUUGAGGCGGCUAUCAAAGAAUUUGGUAUUGACUGUGAUGAAAAGGUAGCCCUUGAUUCAGGGUUAUCCACUGGCGGUUUUACUGACUGUUUACUCCAACAUGGGGCAUCACAUGUAUAUGGUGUUGAUGUUGGCUAUGGACAGGUGGCUGAAAAAAUUCGAGUGCAUGAACGUGUUUCAGUAAUUGAACGUACAAAUUUAAGAUAUCUUACUGAACUGCCACAGCUGGUUGACUUGGUGACCCUGGAUCUGUCAUUCAUCUCAAUUCUCUUGGUUAUGCCUGCUGUAGUCAAAGUAAUGAAGACAGACUCGACAUUGAUUACACUUAUCAAACCUCAAUUUGAAGCUCGUCGAUCUCAGGUAGGAGGUGGUGGGAUUGUUCGGGACCCUCUGGUUCAUAAAGAGGUGCUAGAUAGGAUAAUUUCAGGCGUAGAGCAGUUUGGAUUCUGCAACAAGGGCUGGAUUGAAUCUCCGAUAAAGGGCGCGGAAGGGAACAAAGAGUUUCUUGCUUGCUUCCAUAGGAUCCCAGUGCAAGAAUUGCAGCCGGAGGAAGCAAAGUCAACAUGAUUAUUUGUACCUAAUGCCAUAUCUAGUUCACAUAGAAUAGCUGGAGAAUACUUUCUGAUCUUUUUACCAAGGAUGUUACUUCAAAUUGGCAUAAUGUGAUGUGAGAAUCCCUUUUGCAAUGCUUUCCUAAUUCCUAUAUCUGUAACAGAAACAGAAAAACCAAGCUUUUUGUGCACUUCCAACUAACUCGGAUAUUUAUUUACGUAGGAGUACACUACAGGUAUUUUUGUUUAA